GCCAUUUCUGUAGCAUUAAAUCAACAAAUUACUGGUGAUGCCAGAGGACAGAGCGCUCUGUGUGAAGCUUGUUUAGUUGCUUGUCAACACUUGGGUGCAACAGCUAUGGGGGGAGGGAGAGCGGCUCAGAUACAGAGGCUGAGGACUAAUUAUUAUCCGAAAGGGCUUCAUUUGAAAGUAAAAUGAUAACAUUUUAAUUUCAUCUCUUAAUGAAGCAAUACAAAUUUGUUAAUUAGAGCGAUUGUUUGAGUGACAGGCAUGUAACCAAGCUGUCAUUUCUUCUUCACAGUUGACAGAUCCGUUCAGGCCCAUGCUGAGGAAACCUGGAAAGUGGUGCGCUAUGCAUGUCCACAUCGCCUGGCAGAUAUACCAUCACCAACAGAAAGUCAAGAAACAGAUGCAGUCUGAUCCGCACAAGCUGGACUUUGGCCUGAAACCAGAAUUCCUGAGCAGGCCACCAGGUCCCAGCCUUUUUGGAGCCAUCCAUCACCCCCAUGACCUGGCCCGGCCCUCAACUCUCUUCUCCACAGCCAGCGGGGGUCAUCCAGCCGGCACCCCUUUUGGCCCACCGCCUCACCACAGCAACUUCCUCAACCCAGCUGCUCACUUAGAGCCUUUCAAUCGACCUGCUUCCUUCAGUGGCCUCACUGCAGUGGGUAGUAACGCCUUCGGGGGACUGGGGAACCCCACAGUCACACCCAACUCAAUGUUCGGCCACAAGGAUGGCCCCAGUAUGCAGAGCUUUAGCAACCCUCACGAGCCCUGGAACCGACUGCACCGAACUCCUCCUUCGUUCCCGACCCCUCCGCCCUGGCUGAAGCCAGGAGAGCUGGAGCGCAGUUCAUCUGCUGCAGCUCAUGACAGAGAUAGAGAUGUAGAUAAACGAGACUCAUCUGUUAGUAAAGAUGACAAAGAAAGGGAGAGCAUUGAGAAAAGACACUCCAGCCAUCCUUCGCCAGCACCUAUCCAUCCAGUAAACUCCCUCGGACAUAAUCGCAGCUCAAAUGAGCAGAUCAGGAGCCAUCUGAAUCCCGAGGUUCGAGAGAAAGAGAAACCCAAAGAACGAGAGAGGGAUCACUCCGAAUCUCGGAAGGAAAUUAAUGUUGAAGAGCACAAGGUGAAGGACAACUAUGUUUCAGAGAAAGAAGGCCUGAGCCAUGAAAGCCGAGUGGUGGAAGAGUCUAAGCAAAUGCCCAGGGUUCCUUCACCCUAUGCUAGGCCCCCCGUUGUGGAAGGCACCAGGCCUAACAGUACUUCAAACCGUGAGGCUGAGAGGAAGAGUGAGCCGGCAUACGAUAAUCCGAAGAAAAGCAACGAAGUCAAAGUGAAGGAGGAGAGAAAAGAAGACCAUGAUGUUCAACCUGAGGGACCUCAGACUCACAGAUCAACUGAUCAGCCACCACCUAUAUCUACAUCCAACGUCCAUCCAAGUCCUUUAGUGUCUAUGCCCAUGACUGUAGGUGUAGCUGGUAUACAUCACAUGAACAGCAUCAGUGGCCUGGAUAGGACUCGCAUGAUGACCCCUUUUAUGGGAAUUAGCCCGAUUCCUGGUGGAGAACGUUUCCCCUAUCCUUCUUUCCACUGGGAUCCAAUGAGAGAUCCCUUAAGAGAUCCAUACAGAGAGCUAGAUAUUCAUCGGAGAGACCCCCUGGGCAGAGACUUUUUGCUGAGAAAUGACCCCCUUCAUCGUCUUUCUACGCCAAGAUUAUAUGAAGCAGACAGGUCAUUCAGGGAUCGGGAACCUCAUGACUACAAUCACCACCACCAUCACCACCACCCUCUCUCUGUUGACCCUCGACGUGAGCAUGAAAGGGGCAACCACCUGGAUGAGAGGGAGCGGUUGCACAUGCUCAGAGAGGACUAUGAACAUGCACGCCUGCACUCAGUUCACCCUGCCGCCUUGGAUGGGCACCUGCCUCACCCAAGCCUGAUCACGCCAGGACUGCCCAGCAUGCACUACCCCAGAGUCAGUCCUCCAACAGGACACCAAAAUGGCAUCCUCAACAAAACUCCCCCCACAGCAGCUCUCAGUGCCCCUCCACCUCUUAUUUCUACUCUGGGACCUCGGCCUGGGUCUCCCAGAAGGACUACUCCUCUGUCAACAGAGAUGAGAGAGAGGCCUCCUUCUCACACCCUCAAGGACAUUGAAGCUCGAUAAAGAGAGUAAGACUAAAUAAAAACCAGAGAAAGAGGGACAGAAAGUUGUAAACAAACAUAAUAUAAAGACCUUCUUACUAGUCAUUGAUACAGACUGGGGAUGUGACCCACUGUACAAUAUGUAUAGACCUGAGUGCAAAGAUUUUGAAAUGGUUUUUUUGUAUAUUAUAUGUUGAAAUUUUCCAGAUCUUUUAGCCAAGUUCAUGUUCCUCGUGUCUCCUCUAUUUUAUUUCUAGUUUAAAAAUUUCAGAGUUUGAACUGAAGAACAAGACAUUAAUCUGAAUGAUUUGACUAGCAACAAGCCACCACCAAUGUCAACCAUACAAAGCUCUUUCAGACCAGAAGUGAAGACAAUUGUAGAUAUUUAUGUAAAAAGAUUGCUUCAUGGGUUAAUGGUUCAUAUAUGCAAAAAGGGUAAGAUGAAAGCUUUACUUUGUACAAAUGUAAAUAGAUAAAAUUAAGUAACAUAAUACAUUAAUACUUCUUAAACUGUGCUAUUUGCAAACUUAAUAUUGAUCAACACAGUCUGCUUAUGCUGUGUUACAUAUAUUGUUAUAGACAGCUAAACCCCUUCAACUAUGCAAUGAAUUUUAAGGCUUUUCACAAAAGCCUUUAUAACUCAAAGGAGCCUUUUCAACACACAACAUAAUUAAAGUCAUAUUUUCCCUGAACAAGCUCAUCUAUAAUAGAAACCUCUUUCUCUUGCUUGUUUUGAUGAAGAAACACCCCAUUACAAGUGUCAUUUUCUGUCUGAUCCCCUGCACCAAGAGGCUGAUGUUACUGUAGCUCAUGUACUCCUUAGAACACAUCAGGGUUAGCAGUCUGUAACCUCUGGUACUGUAGUUGUACAGAUUCAGUUUCAGUCACAUUAAUCUGGGUUAAAUAAUCAAAUACUGGAUAUUUUCCAGAACUUUGUCACUUCACAUGUCAAAUUUAUUUUGGAAGAACAUCUGCUUAUAGCUAUUCAUGUCUGGGUUUAUUGCCGGUGUGGCGUUUUUGUCUGUACACACACUGGCUUGGGCUUUUUUAAGUGAUUUUUAGCUACAUUGAAACAAAUCCUACAAGAAAGGUAAUACUUUUCUAAAUGAUGGAUAUGUUUUCACUGUGGAUCAGUAGUUGAAUUAAUGAACUCUGAUGCAGAUUUCAUAAUGCAGUUUCCUGUACUUCAGUUGGUAAUAAAGUCUGUGCAUAGCUAACAGGCCAGCCUUGUUGUUCCCUAAUCACAGAAGACAUGAAAUAACCUGCAGAUCAUGGUCCUUUGGAAAGAUGUGCAUCGGUCUUCUGAAACCUGUCUUUUCAUAACACAGUUUUUUAUAACGUGUUCAGUUUCUUGUCUAAAUAUUUGGAGAGAAUAUGACUUUAUCAGAGAGAAUUCACUAUCUUGUCUACUGGACUGUAAAAUAUAUGUAUGAAAUAAAAUUAGUUCCAUUGGUCUUCUAGUGUAUGAAAGUGCUAUCUGAAGUUGUUACCCUGUUUUGGCAAAAAAGAAAAAGGAAAAAAAAAAUAAAAAAGUUACCUACAGACAGUUGUUUCUAAUGCUCAGAGAUCUAUUUUAGUAGUCAACUGAAGGUUUAGUUGUGAGCUUCAGAUUUUGUGAACUCCAGAUGUUGUGCAGUGGUUCUUUUCUUUCCUUCCUUUUUUUUUCUUUUUUUUUUUUUUUGUUUGGUUUUGGUUUGUUUGGGUUUUUUUUUAAGAACAAAAGGAAAACUAAAAAAAAAAAAAACCCAACCCUGAAGAAUAUGUACACUGGAACCGUAGUGGUAGCUUUCAGUAUUGUAAAGAGAUUGUUAUAUACGAACCUUUUUGCUGUUUAUCCUGUAUGUAAUAAAGUCCUUUCUAGAUCCUAUGUGAAAAGCAAAGUGAAGCGGCUCUCAAUCUUCAGCAUGUUUCCUCAUCAGCGAAGACUUGUGUGAUGUAAAUUGUGCCAUGUUAUUAAAAAAUGUGAACUAAA